AUGGAAGAAGGCGGUGGUGCAGAAGCAGAAAAUCAAGAAUAUCUAAUUCGAAAGAGACUACCUAGAUCCUUACCUAAACGGAAGAAUGAUGUGUAUGUCACACGUAAAACCAAUUUUGCUGCUCAAAUAAAAAAAUGUAGUAAACUCUUGGAAUCAGAAUUUACAGAGAUUCAUAUUCAUGGCCUCGGUGCUGCUGUUAAUAGAGCCAUCAAUCUUGCCUUGCAAUUAAAAUUGACCAGCAGUGGAGGCUUGGAGGUAUCUACGACAACAUCGACUGUGGAGUUGUUUGACGAUUUCGAAUCUCUUGAUGAGACAUUACCAUCGAAGAAAUCUCAAUUAAGGCAAAAUUCUGCUAUACAUAUUAAAGUCUAUAAAAUUAUUAAAGUAGCAAGCUGA